UCUUGUAUUUGAUCAAGAAGAGUGUCUUCGCGGCAAAACCUUAUCGAACAGCAAGCAAGCGGUGUAAAUUUUCGCGCAGAGCUCACAGUUAGGAGGAAAAAGAAUGGUUAUAUAGUCACUCAUUCUCCAUGGUGAAGGAAAUAUGGCAUGUUCCAUCGGAUAUCGCAUUGGUUUUAACAUGUGUUGUAGUGUCAUUAGCAAAACCAAUAUGUAUUGUCCUGCGAAUGUGGUGUUGCUUUAAAGACACGGGCAACUUCCUGGAUGGCGAGUGCAGCAGCCCAACAUCUCAAAUGCAGUAAAAUCCCAGUAAAAUACACAACAGAAGGCCCUUUUUUACUCAUUAAACAGCAAUGCCUGAUCGACGUGAAAUUUCAUUCUAUGAUUCGAUUGUAGAAGAAGUCACGUGUAUCGUCUGCUUUGAGAGGAUGAUUGCUCCGAAGACACUUAAAUGUCACCAUGUCUUUUGCUCGGCAUGCAUAGGAAGAAGCAUCGGCAAAAAUAAGAAGAUUCGAUGCCCUACAUGUAGAAAAAAUACAAAGGUAAAAAAUGGAGAUCCUGUCUCACUACCUACUGCAUUUAUGGUAAACAGAAUUGCAGACAUCCUUGAUCGCUACCAGAUAACAAGUCAGAAAUACAGCAGUGACAUCGUUUAUGGAUUAGGAAAUCACAAGAAUCCCACUUCCACCGUUGUUUUGAAGGACUCUUCCAACGUACACGAUUAUCUGGAUAAUGAACCAAAACAUGGCUCACAAGCCACUGCGAAGGUCGCAAAGCUAAAAGAUGAUGCGCUUUUGAAACAGUUCAAUCUGAGAAGAACGUCACUGCCAGCAGGAGGAAGUGUACCAAUGGAUGAAAGCAGGGGUGGGGAUAAUAAGCUUAGAAGGAACACACAUCCCAUAGUUGCUGAUCAACUUGCUGUUUCUGCCCCUGCAAAUCUUGUUUGUGCAAGUACUAUGCACAAAAAGGGAGUCAAAUUUGAUGUUAUUCUCGAAAAGACCCCCAACUGCAGCGAAGAUGAUCAUUCUUAUCACAUAGAGUUAAUCAAAAUUGACUUUGUAGUAGACGAGAAAGUAGAAAUUGUUGUACGCAAACGUUGCAAAGCAAGUAACCAGUGCAGUUUACUACCGGGUAGCCUUAAUGCAGUCUUGAGCGACUCUUCUGGUAACAAUCUCACCUUCAACGUAUUAAGUCUUCCAGAUCAUUGCUGGAAGCUGUCAUGUAAACCAUUUUGUGAAGGGAAGUUUGCAGCAGUUAUCAAAGUUGACGAGAGACUGAUUUUUGCAAGUGAUUUGUAUGUAAGCUCUCAUUUUACUGCUCCUAUAGAAGUUUGAGAUUUGCAACACUUUUGGUGCCUGUAUCCAAUAUAUUUAAAGAACUAAAAAAGGCAGACUGAACUGUAACCGCCUCAUCAAGGAAACCGGCGCAAAAAUAUGGAAUAUGGAACAAUGAUUUGAACUAACAAAAAGGAAACUCGCAAAAAGGUACGAUACCCAAUGUUGGGAGUAUCAAUUUACGCGAAGUGCCUUACUCGCAAUGUUAAACAUUUAAUCUGAUAUAAUCUUUUAAGUAUAGGCUACUAAGAUACGACCAGGCUUCACUGCCUACGGGAAUCACAAAAACAAUACAAAUUUCUUAUCCGGAUUGAGUUAUAUUGUGUUAGCCCUGUCAAGAAAACUGUUACUGGAUCGUAUACGUAUGAUAUUUAUAAUACUUAUCUGCAAGUUCUAUGAUCAAAUCCUUGA